AACUAACAAAUACCAUAACUAACUUUCCAGGUGCCGGUCAAAUGUCUUACAAUUGUAGUGUUUGUUAGUGUGCUGGUAUUGGCAAGUUUCCCAUUUAUCAGUCAUAGAUUGGCGAUAAAAUUGGGAGAGCUGGUGGCUGAGCUGGCAAUACUUGGACAGGUGCUUUGAUAGCUCUUCUCAAGCAUUCUCCUUCAUCAGGAUUUGGCAAGUGAAUGCUGCAGCAGUACUCGUACUUCAGAGCAUGGAGCAACGUGCUGUAGUAGUAGCCGCUGCCAUUAGUGCAGUUGGCGUUGUUGGACUGUUCUAUUGGCUGUAUAGCAGCAACUCAACAAGUAGCAAAAGUAGACCAAGCCGUGCCAGGAGACCUGCACAGCGCAGUGCAGUGCGGAGAAAAGUUGCGGCCGACAGUAGUGGUGAGCAAACUGGCAACACCGAUGCUCCCAAGCCUAUUCCCGAUGUUCAGGUUGCAUCUGCUGAACCACCGGCAUCUGAGGACGAAGAGCCUGUUUCAUCACGGGAUACUAGCGGUGCAGGUGCUGCUCAUGUCGGUAAUGUACCCACGAUACGUGAUACUGGCAGCUCACCAAGCGUACACUAUGCCCAAGAGCCUACUCCAGCACCUACAAAAACAGUAGCCAGUGCUGCAGCUGCAGACUCUACAACUGAUGCAAUGCCAGAACUAGAAGACAACUGUGGAUCAGCUGUAGCUACCGCCGCCAUGCCCACUGCAGAAUCUCCAUCAUCCAGCAUGACUUCCCCUCGUUGUACUAGCACGUCCGGCCUAACAACAUCACCUCUUCACACCAAGUAUCUACCUGGUGUAUUCCGCUACGAGCGGACAACACCGUUAACCGAAGACUCGACCGUUCGCACUCAAUUGUUGGUGGAUGCCGCCUUGCUUGGGCGCUUCAUCGGCAGGAAUGGACGCAACAUCAAGCAGUUGCAGCAGAUGGGUGCAUCGGUUGAUAUGGGUCGCCAGGGUAAGCACGGACAGAAUGAUGCUCAGAUAUGUACCGUUUCCGGUCGUCAUGCGGCCGUUCAGGAAGUCAUGGAGCAGAUCGGGGAGCGGUUCCCUUCGAUCGCCGAGAUCCAAAUCACACUCCGGAAUGACAAAGAAGAGUAUGUGCGUGACCGAUGCCCUCACCCAGGAUAUGCACAGUGGCCAAGCACAGCGGAGCGUGGCCUGACCGAUGUUGCUAUUGUGCACCUGGACAGUCCGAGCCUGUUCUGCGUCCACCUGUCCAAGGACGGUUCGAUUCGCCGCUUGAACGAACUGUCUCAGUUCAUGACUGCCUUCUACAAUCAGGCUGUGAGAAGCCGAGCUGAUUAUGAGGACUUGACUGUUGGGUCCUACUGCGCUGUUCCUGUCAAGGCCGAAUGGGCGAGAGGCGUAAUUGUCGGCGAGGACGAGCAACAAAUGUGGAAGGUGGAACUGGUUGACUUUGGUGCAGAGAUCUUGGUCUCCAAAGCUGUUGUACGGCCACUGAGGCAUGAGUUCUGUGCUGUGCCUUUCCAGGCCGUGAAGUGUCAGCUAGCCCAUGUGCGACCUCGCUUUGGUGAUGGCAAUGCCUGGGACAAGCUGCCCACACAGGUCUUUCAACUCUUGACAGAAGGCAUUAUGGUGAAGGAGAUCCAGUGCCGCCAGCUUACCACAUCAAGCAGCAAUGGACACCUCGACAGCGCCAACGACACACCUAUCUGUGUUGAGAUGUAUCUCAAACUGGAUAAGCAGGAGGAGCAAGUCUUUGUCAACCGCAGCUUGGUGGAACGUGGCUGUGCCAAAUGGGUUGAAGCUGCCUAACCUCUGCAAGACAGUACCAUCAAGAUCAUCAGCCGCUGAGCGCAUCAAACCACCAAGUGUGGAAAUCCCUGUUUGAUUCGCAUCAAAACAUUCGGAUGUGCUGAGUGCAGGUUGGCCUCCAAUCGGCAGCGACAGCCAGCAAGGCGCCAGGAUUAGAUUGUCUUAUUUGCAUUGCCAAGUAUUUGUGUGGUUUUACGCACUUGUGUCAAGGUUGCUUUGUGUCUCUUCAACCUACUUUCAAGCAUACCAACCAACGAUUUCAGAAUUGUUUAUAUUUUCCCCGGUCAAUGCUGACGAAUGUGCUUUUAUCUGCCGGGCUGAUACCAUCAUACCAACAUACGGGCGCACACCCACACUGUACCAUCUCAAUCCACUAGCUCUCAGAACAAAGUUGUGACUGAUGUGUCACCUACCAUUGAAGUUGUGUGUAUUCUCUUUUUAAUAAUGGCUGCUGUCCUCCCUGCAAGCAUAGGCAAUCGUUUUGCUUUCCUUUUCCAAUUGAUUUUUAAGACAAGGGUGUUCGCGCAUGCACCGUUUUUGAAUAGCCUGGCCCAUACAUGCCAUUCUGAAGGUGCAUAUUGCAUAGAGACCAUCAUAAUUGUACAUCUAUCUUUGACUUUGAGCUGAGUUUCUAUUGAUUGCUUUCAAAUACUAUUCCACUACAAGUAUAAUUAUAAUUUUCCUCCUGGAAAAAGAGAUACACCCAUCUCUGUACUCCCUAG